GCCGAGGCGAGGAGGGUCCGGAGGGGCCGGACGCGGGGAGAGCGCGAGCGCGCGGGGCCGCCCCUCUCGGGCACUGACGGGCCGGCCCCCUCGCAGCAUCGGCGGCCAAUAGGCCGGCUCGCUGGGGCCGAGCCUCCUCCAAGCCUUCCCCUGCGUUCCCAGGGCUAGCCUCCCUGCGGUCAUGUGACGGCCAUAUAGUACUACUCUCGCUCGGCUAAAGGACACAUCAGCAGCGCCGGCUGCUGCCCCUGCACGGCCGCCCGCCUCCUCGGCCGCCCGCCUGCCCCCUCGGGCCGCCCGCCCGCCUGCCUCCCUCCGCCCCGCCCGAGCGAGCCAGCUCGCUCUAGUUCAAGGGCACGGGGCCCGCCUCUGUUUGGCUUGCCCGCAAAGUUGCUCAUUUCAUAGCCUUCAGGCGGGAUUGUUUUUUUUUUUUUAAUUUUCCCCCCUUUUUGGGGUGGUGGUGUGUUUUUCCCCCCCAUCCAAAUAGGACCUCUUGCGGAUUCGGAAUUGGAUUGGCGAACCCCUCUCUUUUUGGGGUGCACCCCCUGCACUAACCCCCAUUUUGAUUCCUCUCCGAUCCCUUCAAAUUCUCACGGUGCGCAAAGUUCAGGUUUUCGUCUGACCUUGGGACCUCUUAGUCUAUGCUGGUGGCCAUCCCAGAAGCACUGUUCUAGGAAUGGUGGAUCACUUGCUCCCGGUGGGGGAGUCCUUCUCAACCACCAAGUUCCCCAUUGGCUACCUGGGGGACAUGCCAGCCGGCGGGCGGGCUUACCACAUGCUGCCCUCUCCCUUGUCAGAGGACGACAGCGACUCCUCCAGCUUCUGCUCUUGUUCUAGCCCCGACUCGCAAGUGCUAGGCUCCAGCUACGGGAGCACCUCAAGCCUUGAGGGCCAGGACAGCAUCUUAGACUACCUGCUGUCGCAGGCGACGCUGGGGGGCAGCCCCGUGGCCUGGUGGGACUGGCGAAGGUGCCAGCCCAUGGUGAAGGAGGAGCAUUUCCGCUUCCCAGACCCAGAAGACAUGGGGCUCUUUCAGCCCACCUUGGAAGAGAUUGAGGAGUUCCUGGAGGAAAAUAUGGAGCUGGAGCUCAAGGAAGGAUCUGAAAAUGGGACCAAGGACCUUCGGGUUUGCAACCAGCUCUCUUCUGGGCAGCAUAAAGACCACAUCCUGCCUGGGGGAAGCUUGAAAGAAAGCAAAACCCCCCAGUCUGGCAGCUCCACGGAAGGUGCCCACAGCUCCAAUGGCACAGCGGCCACCGAGGGCGGGAUCCCCGUCAUCCUCCAAAUCCAACCCAUGCAGAUCAAACAGGAGUCCAGCACGGGGCCCAGUUCGCCAGGCCAGACCCCAGACAACAUUAAAAUCGCCCAACUCCUCGUCAACAUCCAGGGGCAAACCUUUGCGCUGGUGCCACAGAUUGUCCAGUCCUCCAACUUGAACUUGCCUUCCAAGUUUGUGCGUAUUGCCCCGGUGCCCAUUGCAGCCAAGCCCAUUGGUCCAGGGGGCAUGGUGCCAGGACCCGCAGGGAUCCUGGUAGGCCAGAAGUUUCCAAAGAACCCAGCAGCGGAACUCAUUAAAAUGCACAAAUGUACUUUCCCUGGCUGUACCAAGAUGUAUACCAAGAGCAGCCACCUAAAGGCCCAUCUGCGGAGGCACACGGGCGAGAAGCCUUUCGCGUGCACGUGGCCUGGGUGUGGCUGGAGAUUCUCCCGGUCGGACGAGCUCUCCCGACACCGACGCUCCCACUCGGGCGUGAAGCCGUAUCAGUGUCCGGUGUGCGAGAAGAAGUUUGCCCGGAGUGACCACUUGUCCAAGCAUAUCAAGGUGCAUCGCUUCCCCCGGAGCAACCGCUCGGUGCGCUCCUCCGUGAAUUGACCCGCUCCCCCGCCCGCGCCUCCCACCUCUUGGGCCGAGAACAGCUGACUCCAGCACUUUGUUCACCGUUUUUUAUAGCGAUAAUUUAUUUGUCUCCAUAACAGGGAACGCUGUUAUCUGACACCACCACACAUGAAUGUUUGUGUCCUCCAAAUGGAAUUUGAGAAUGAAGCUUUUCUGCGGUUAUUAUUUUUAUGCCUGCUCUUCUCCCCCCUCUUCCCCCCCCCCCCCCCCCCCCCCCCGUCCCCUCCCCUUUUCAUGUCUUUGCUGCCGCUUCUUCCCUCGGAAAUUACAGUGUUUUAUUUUAAGCUGUUUUCUUCGGCACAAGGAAAAUUUAUGGGCUCCUUGUAGCUAGUUAAUUACAGUUCUGGCAUUCCUGUGGGCUUUGCUCAUAAACAGGGCUAUUCAUUGUGAGUUUUUAUUAAGCUGGGCCUAUUUGUCCAGUUUGGAUAUAGCAAAUUCCUUUUGGAAAACGAAAACAAGUCCUUUGUGUCCCUAUGGUCACUGCCAAGGGCUCGGGUGGGGGAGGGGAAGGAGGGUUUCAGAAACCCCUGUUUCUUUUGAUGGGUCUGUUACCUCCUACUUGAUCCGUCCUGAUUCAGGAAGUUUGGAGUUUUUUGGUUUUUUUUUUAAGUUGAGAUUUCAGCUGUUUCCCCCCAUCUGGAACUGACAGAUAUUUCCAAAGGAUGAAACCCAUAAAAGCCAAGAAUUCAGGAAGGAAUCAGUGAAAGUGGGUUAAAGGUCAUUUCUUUCGAGUCUCAUUGGUGGUCAUGGAUCAUGGGCAGGAAGGGACCUUUCUAGGUCACCCCUAUCCCCAUUAUACAGAUGAGGAAGUAAAAAAGCAAAAAUGAAGCAGUUCAUCCAUGGUCACUCUAGGAAUAAAUGUCGAAGACAGGAUUUGAACAGAGUUCCUAUUGAAGUCCAGCACCUGCCCCCGACUCACAUUUUUGUGGCUAUCUAUCCUAUUUUCCAUGGAUUUUGUUUGUGAAGGGGGCCAGUCCCCUAACCCGGUCUGCAGCCCAAUAGAGAGUAUAGUGUGGGAGAUUCCUGCAGAAUGUCUCUGGGAGAAGAUGGCAUGGGUGCUCGUGGGCCCACCUUCGUCCUGAAGAGGACAUUCUCCAGGUCAGCCCCAUGUUGGGUACAGCAGAACCUGGCUUUUAUGAUGCUCUGUUAUAGUUCCAGCAGCCCCCUGAGCCUCGAUGGGUAAGAAGAAAUGAAUAAAUAAAUAAAACAAAUCAUUGUAGAUUCCUGUUGGUGGGUGCUUAUCAUGCAAGCCCGUGCGUGUAUGUGUAUGCUUGUGUACGUAUGAGAGCGAGAGCAAGAGCUAAAGUGAGAGAGCGAGAGCGAGAGAGCGAGAGAGCAAGAGAGAGAGAGAGAGAGAGAGAGAGAGAGAGAGAGAGAGAGAGAGAGAGAGAGAGAGAGAGAGAUUUGUGUUUGUCUUAAUGUAAGAAACAGUAGAUUCCAAUAGAACUCAGUAGUCAGAGAAAAAUGGGAUGGGGGCUAUCUUUACUAAGACGCUGCUGUUCAGAGAUAACUAUCAGUUGGCUUUCUUUCAUCUCUCUGUGUCCCAGACAAAUCCCAAAUAAAACACUGCGAUUCUAGCAUUAGAGCAUUGUAGAAACGAAGAGCACGCUGUACGUAAGAGCGCCAGAUACUACCUUACGCUAGUGAUGCAUUCCUUCUGUUCUCUAGAAAUUAAUAUACAAUGAACUAGCUUGUAUUGACUGGUUUAUCUCACAUCCUAUGAAUGUAUGUAAAUAAAUUGUACAUAGAUGCAUCUAUAUAAAAUAUCUUUUAAUAACAUAUCAAAAUUUGUGUAAAUUUGAAAUAAAAAAAAUCUAUGAAGCCAGUGUAUAUAAGUUACAAUUCUGUAUAUUUUCUUUUGUCCUUCAUAAAAUAUAUUUACUUUGCCAAUAAAAAGAAAAAAGGAAAUUUUAAAUACUUUUGGUG